AUGGAGGUGGUUGGUUUCGGACGUAGGGCUUGCUGGGCUAUCAGUAGCAUCUUCACUGCUGCCGGCAUCGUCAACGCCAUCAACGCCAUCUCACCCUCACCUAUCAUCGCCCUGGUUGCCACCCUCAUCGUCAAAUUCCUCGUCUGGGGUGACUGUGCUUUGCUCGCCGAGCUCAACGUUGCUCCUGAUGUAAUAUCACCAUCGACACCAUGGCUCCUCACGUUGCCAACGUUCAUGUUCCUGGUUCUGCGGGGCCAUGCAACAGAAGGCCCAACAAACCCGGCAGCAAGCCAUGACGAACUGGAGCAGGUGAUGGACAGGAAUGCCCGGUAUGCCGGGCACAUUCAGUCACAACGCUGUGGUUUCAACAACUCCAACCAAAGACUGCUCCCCGUUCUAUGGCCCAGCGACGUCCCCAAGCAGCAACAACUGUUAAUCGACCCUACCCCUCUCAUCAUCGUUCUCUUCCUCUUCUUCUUCGUAACCUUCUUCGGCCUGACCUUGUUGGCUACGAGCAAGCACAUGCACCACGCUCACAAGCUGGGCGUCCUAUACGUUGUAGGUUCCGUAACCCGCAAAUGGUUGGAUCAGGCAAAGGCCCUUGAACAGCCCACCGCCCUCGGUGCGCAGGAUUCACCUGCGGCGCCUUUUCAGGCCGAGGCCAAGUCGAAUUCUGCAACUCAAAAGGCCACUCAUGAGGGAGAUAAGGAGAUUUAG